AACUUCCCUUAUUGAAAAUUCCCGGAUGAAGGUCAAGCAUUGCAGCUCUGGUUAGGAGAAUAAAAACAUAUGUAAAUUCAUUGAAUAUUACACGAUUAAGAUUCAUUUGUGGUUAUGCAUAUCUGCCAUCUGCUCGCAUAUCAUUCUGAAGAAUAAUGGAGUCAUCUGAAGGGACAAGCAGAAGAAGUGAAAGAAAAAGGAAAAGAAAAGAAUCUUACUCCCCAGAAGGAAAGAGAGAAGGUGGAAAAAAGAACAAACCUGAAGGCCAGAAGUCACAGAACAGAUCAAAAUUGUACUCCAACAGACUUUAUGAUGUUCUCCCAAAUGGAGAACCUUUUUCCUGUCAUCUUUGCAAGUCUCCAUAUGUAGUUAAUCCCAUAUCAAAAGGUGUGAAGAAAACUGGACGAUCAAGGCAUACACCUCUUCCAAAAGUACGGACAGAUAGAAACACAGGAAGGGAGAUGAUGUUGUGUAAUGCAUGUGUUCAAAUAUUUGAUCGUCCUCAGCGUCGAGUUGUCAAGACUGCUACUGUACCAACAGAGGAAGAAAAGAAAGAAUACCUUCAGGAAGUUGAUCAUUUUAUCAAAACAGUCAAGACAGAGUUUGAUGAUCCAUUAGUUGAGAAGUUGUUUUGUCCGCUCAGUCAGAAGAAGCUCUGUGGAUGUUUGCAGAAAUAUAUCCAGUCUACAGGAAAUUCACAUGUACCUGUGUUUAUCAGCUUGAUGAAAGAAGCUAUAGAACUUAGAAAGGAGAAGUCUUACCCUGUCACAGAGGAUAACAAGAAAGUCAAGCUUAUAGGAUUAGGGAAUGGUCACAAGAAAUCGAAACGUUAUGAAGAGUUUGUUCUCAAUCAAAGACGUGUAUUGAAGGAAGACAUGAGGCUUUGUGAGAGAGCUACACAAAAAAUAUUGAUGUAUUCCAACAACUUUCUUCAUAAAAGAUUGAAAACAGAAAAUAGACCAUGUAGAGUAGAGAGAACAAGGGGGAAAGCUGCUCUAGGACAAUUGCCAGAUUUACACACCAUGAUGGAUCGCCAUUGCUGUUCUGAUAACUGUGUCAUGUUGGCAUUGACACAUAAAAGACUGUUACAGGACUGGAGGGAUCGGGCGUUACAAGGACAACAGGAAGCCCGUAGAGUAAUGGCAGAGAUGUUAACCCCAGCAGGUGCUACACACAUCAACUGUUAUAGUUUUAUUUCCAUGGUAACGGGAUGCUCACAGACGACGAUUGCUAGGGUAUAUAACCAAAUGAUUGACACGGGAGGGAUAAGAGACCCACCUGAACAUGGCAUGAAGCGAGUCUGGCAGGAACAUUAUAAACAAACCAAAACAUCUGAAGGAAACAAGGAUACAAGUUCAAGUACCGUGUCUGCUGAAAGUCUAGCACAGGAAGUGACAUCAUCACAUGGACAAACCAAUCAAAACACAGUUAUUGAUGCAGCAACUUUGAAUGCAGUGAGACAACAUAAGGUGGCCUGGAUGCAGGACAUAGCCAAGAAACAGUUACAACAACAACAACUUGCCUUGCAUCUACAGAAUCUAAUGAUGAACAAAAAGAAAGUGAAUGUUCCAGACCAGUAUCAGGUAACUUCUGAACGUUUGAUGUUUUCUUUAAGGAUAUUUUUGUUCAGAUAAAUGUCUCAGCAUUUUGUAUAUAAGAUACAGUUAGAUUUGUGUUAAAGACCUUUUGUGAACAAAGAUAACCUGAGCCUAAAGACUUUGUCGCAUUCAUUUAAACAGUUUAAUAUCCAGUGAAUAAGUAUCUCCUACACAAUGUUUUGCUUCCAAGUGUAUGGCAUUUAUAUACAGGUUUAACUGUAGUUA